AUGGAGCUCAAGUGCCUUUUGAUGUGGCUCUUGUUUGGAUCCGUCAAGGGGAACAAGCCAGGUAAGACAUGCCCAGCUCUUCCAAGGACUGACUUUGCUGAUAUUGCUGCUGAAUCAUAUCCACUGGGGACCAAACUGUAUUAUGAAUGUGACGAUGGCUACACAAGAAGAAGUGGCCAGUACUUGGGAAUUCGGUGUCAGCGUACAGAAGGGGUUGCUACUUGGUCCUACACGGAAUUUCAAUGCAUUGAUAAGAAAAUUUUGUUGUCAACGGAUCCCACAAUGGAGUUAGAUUUUACACAGAAGCCAGCAAGAAAAACACAGAGCUCUGAACCCCAGAAGGAAGAAAACCUUUCAGAGUUUGACCCGAAAGAUUUUUGUGGUCCUCCCAAGACUAUUCCACAUGCCUCUUUAAGACUGAACAAACAAUAUUACAUAGGACAAGUAUUACAUUUCAAAUGCCAGAGUGGUUUUGAUAAGCGACCCCCCACCUCUGGCACCCGCACAUGCAAGAAGGUGAAUGACCAAGUCAUCUGGACCCCCCUUGACAUGCAAUGCACCAAUGACAGCAGCUAUAGUGAUGAGUGGCUGCCACAGACUAUUGAGCCAGAUUCGACUCAUCCAUCCUUUUCCUCAUCUGUGAUACUGCCAGUGACAGCUAUCUUUUUUGUUGUUCUUAUCAUUAAAAAAAUUUGCGUGACUCACCAAGCAGAGAAUACACCAUAUUCAGCUUGA